CGAAAACUUCUGUUUGGCACAGUCAAAUUUUCGCAUUACGUCAAUACUUUAUAUAUAUUCAUUCAUAUUCUAAUUGAUAUACAAUUAUACAAACGUCCUAAACCGACUUUUUUUGUUAGUCUUGGCAGACUAGAGACUUUCAAUAUGAAACACAAAGUUUGGUACGUAAUAUUAUAACAUCUACGUUAUUAUUUACGUUUCCAAAUUAUUUUUUUGAGCUAGGUACCAAUUUUUUUUAACUAAUUUUAUUUAUUUAAAUUGAUACAAACAGUAAUUUCACUACAUUAAACAAUUUAUCUAAAUUUAUUUGCAACUAUUCUAACCAUAGGUACAAAACUAUAUUAAUUACUACCACUGAUCAAUAAGUAAAUUUACUAAGGACAAUAUUUUGUGAUUAUGGAAAUGUAUGAACGUUUUAUCUUCAAUUUAUACUUUAUGUUUCAUAUUUGUCAUAACAAAAUGACAGUGGUCCGUAUAUCAAUAAAUAGUAAAUGAAAGAUAUGCUUAUCGACUAGUCUAUAUUUUUGCAAAUGUUUAUACCUACUUGUAUAAUAUUAUGUUUAGUCGAGUUAAUAUAAAAUUAUACACAUAAUAUAUUUUUAACUUUACUAUAUACCAAGGUUUAUAUUAAUAAAUUAUCAUUUAAUUUUAGUAUGGCUUCUGACUUUUUCUAUCCUAAUAUGGGUGGUGUGGAAGAACAUAUAUUCAAUUUAUCGCAAUGUCUUUUAAUGAAAGGAUAUAAAGUCAUUGUUUUAACUCAUUCAUACAAAGAUAGAGUUGGAAUACGCUAUAUGACAAAUGGAUUAAAAGUAUAUCAACUCGUUAAUAUUUUAUAUGCAUACAAAUAAUGAAAUCAUUUUUUUUUUCUUAGGUUUAUUAUUUGCCAAUUAAACCAUUUUAUAACCAAUGUGUUUUACCUUCAAUGGUUUCUUCUUUACCAUUGAUUAGAUAUGUUCUAUUAAGAGAACAAAUAACUAUAAUACAUGGUCAUUCAGCAUUUUCAACUUUAGCUCAUGAAACAAUGAUGAUUGGUCGUUUACUUGGCAUCCAAGUAAAAUAAAUUUAAAAGUUGUACAUACGUAACAAAUACAACUAAACUCAAAUUCUAUUUUUAGACUGUAUUUACAGACCAUUCUCUUUUUGGAUUUGCAGACACUUCAGCCAUAAUAACAAACAAAUUUUUAGAAAUGUCAUUAGCCGAUUGUAAUCAUUGUAUUUGUGUAUCACAUAUCGGGUAUUAUAUUAAUUCAACUUUAUUAAAUAUAAAUAACAAUUUACAAAUUAUACUUUUCCAGUAAAGAAAACACUGUUUUACGAGCACGUGUCAAUCAUCAUAGAGUAUCAGUUAUACCAAAUGCUGUUGAUACAACUGCAUUUGUCCCUAAAUUAGAAUUAAGAACUAAAGAUAAAAGUAAUUAUCUUCUUUAUCAACAAUUAAAUAUUGGGAAAAGUAAUUUUAUCAUGUUUAUUAUUCUAAUUACAGUUACAAUUGUUGUGGUUAGUCGGUUAGUUUAUAGAAAAGGUGUAGAUUUAUUAGCCCAGAUUAUUGCAGAUGUUUGCCUAAGAAAUCAAAAGGUUUGAUUAAUUUGAAUACAAAAAACUGCUACCUGUAAAUCAUUUAAUUAGUCAACUAUUUUUAAAGGUUCAAUUUAUUAUUGGAGGUGAUGGUCCUAAGCGUGAAUUAUUAGAAGAUAUUCGCUCUAAUUUAAAUCUUGGUGAACAAGUAAACUUACUUGGUAGCUUAGAACAUUCACAAGUAUGCAAUGUCCUUAAUCGCGGACAUAUUUUUUUAAACACUUCUUUAACUGAAGCAUAUUGUAUGGCAAUUGUUGAAGCCGCUUCUUGUGGGUAUGAUUUAGCAUUUAAAUUUAAAAUAAAAAAAAAUGUAUUGUUAGUAAUUAAAUAAUGAUUUCAAGAUUAAAGAUCGUAAGCACUAGAGUGGGUGGUAUUCCAGAAGUAUUGCCUCCAGAGCUUAUAAUUCUAACUGAACCUAAUGUUCCAUGUAAGAUCAUUUAAUUAAUUAAUUCAUUUAUUCGUAUAACAAGAAAAUUUAAUUAAAUAUUAUAACAUAAUUCUUUUAAAUCAUUUUUUAAAAAUGUUUUAGCAAUCCUACAAGGAUUAUAUAAAGCUAUCAACCAAGUAAGCAGUGAACUUGGAGUACCGCCCAUUGAAUGCCAUCAAAAAGUACAAUCAUUGUAUAACUGGAUGAAUAUUGCCAGAAGAACUGAAAUUGUAUAUAAUAUGGUUUCCUUAGAACCACCAAAAAGUUUAGGGAAACAGUUACGCAGGUUAAAAUACUUUCUAAUAAAUCAGAAUUUAUAAAAUAUUUUAAUGUUUCAAUAUUUCAUUUGUAGUUAUAUAUCAACCGGAGUAUAUCCAUUUUUAUUGGUUGUUUCAUUUAUGCAUAUAUUGUUAAAAAUUUUGGAUUGGUGGAUUCCACGUUCAGUGAGUAUUAUUGAUUUAUAAUCAAUACUAUGAACUUACAUUAUAAUUAUAUCUGAAAAAUAUAUUUUUAGGAUAUAGACCUGGCCAAAGAUUAUAAAGCUGAGAAUUAUCAAGUAAAUUCUAAUACUUCAGUUUCUGAAAACCAAUAAUAUUUGAAAAAUAAUUUUCAAUAUUGUAAACGUUUCCAUGUCACCUGAUUUAUGGAUGGAUUUAAUUAUUAAAUAUUCUUUUGAAUUUUGUUAAUAUAAGUAAAAGAUUUAUAGCCGUUAUGUCCUAUAGACUAUUUGUUAUUGCUAACCAUUGGUUGACUGCCAGAAUUUUGACAAUUUGUAAAAUACAACUGCUGGUUAACGCUAACAAACAGGAUUUUGUAAGAACGGUCCUUUACUUUAAAUAUAGAUAAAUCAUUUAUUUUAAUCACA